AUGGCGCAAGUCACACUCAAUGACGAUGAUUGGCCGGCGAUCAAAGAGAUGAAGGCAUCUCUGACGUUUUCAGGGUGGGACACGUGGGUGCAGGGCAACGUGUGCACCGCCAUGACUGGUAUCACAUGUGAUUCCAGCGGCUAUGUCACCCGCAUCAAAGUGCUGGACUGCUCAGGCUCCCUGCCAGCAGCCAUUGGAGACCUCUUACAUCUCGACUACCUGUUCUGUGUGUCAGACAAUCUCACAGGACCCCUCCCAAAUUCCAUCUCCAAACUUAUCAACCUGAAAACGCUACUGCUGCCGUCAACAGGCAUAUCGGGGAGCAUUCCUAAGGAAUUAGGCAGCUUGAUCAGCCUGGAGUAUCUCAACUUGUAUGGAACAAGCAUCGAAGGCUUCAUCCCCACCUCCAUUGGUAGCCUCAACGCGCUCAAGAUUCUCAAUCUGGCAUACACGGGCCUGUCAGGGAGCCUACCGGAGGAGAUUGGCGGGUGUUCCGCCCUCUCAAUGCUCUCUCUGUCAUCCACUCCAAUCUCUGGAUCACUGCCCACGACCCUCAGCAAGCUCGUCAGCCUCACCCAGUUUGACUGCCAGAAGUGUGCGCUCUCAGGGGAAUUGCCUUCUACUAUGUCCUCCCUCGGCACUCUGCAGUACCUCAACCUGAACAUGAAUCAGCUGAGUGGGCACCUGCUUAAAGCACUUGAGGGCCUUACCAGCCUCCACACCCUCAAGCUAUCGAACAAUGCCCUCAGCGGGUCUUUGCCACGCGGCAUUAGUCGCCUCACUGCACUCACAUGGGCGGAGCUAUCGAGCAACGAGCUGAGUGGGACAAUACCUGAAGGCAUCGGUGCGCUCACCAACGUGCAGCAGCUUUCUUUGGACAACAACCAGCUCUCAGGCCCGCUGCCCAGCACCAUCAGUGACCUUGUCCGUCUCAAGGAGCUCUACCUAAGCUUCAACGAGUUUUUUGCGUCGCUCCCCUCGGAAAUCAGUGGCCUCACUGACCUGCAGAUACUGGUCAUGUCCAACUGUGAGCUGCUGGGCUCGCUGCCAUCGGAGCUUGGUAUGCUGCCCAGCCUCGGCUUCCUGGAUCUGAGCUUCAACUCCCUCUCUGGCUCGCUGCCCUUGUAUCUCGCCAAGCUCACCGGACUCGAUACCUUAGACCUGUCCCACAACCAGCUGUCAGGGUCAAUUCCUAAGGACCUCCUCCCCACCAACCUCAGACGCCUGGACCUGUGUUGCAAUGAGCUGUCAGGGACAAUCCCCAACACCAUAGGGGGGUUGCUGCAGCUGGAGCAUCUGGACCUGAGCUCCAACCGCUUCAGUGGCUCUAUACCCACUGAGAUGACGGAUCUCAUUCAACUCACCCUCCUCAACCUGCGCAGCAACCAGCUAACAGGCGCCGUGCUGCAGCCCAUCCCCCGCAACAUGCAGCACUACCAGCUCGACAACAACUACUUCUCCUCCGCCUUCCCCUCCCAGCCGCCCUGCUCUCCCGGCACCAUCAUAACCACGCGCAGCAACUGCGCGGUAGCAAAAGACGGCAGCCUUGCUCCCACCUUCUCGUGUCCGGAGGGGCUGAAGGACGCGCAGAGGCGGGUGGAGGUGUGCCGGGCGUUCUGCGGGCUGUCGAGUGAGAGCCUGCCGUGUGGCGGGCAUGGUGUUUGCUUCUUUGACGGGCCGAAUCGUGUGCCCACAUGCGCGUGUGACAGUGGAUACACGAACGGAGGUGUGCCGGGGUCGUGCGUUCCUGAUGAUGGCUCUCUCCCGUUCAUCAACACCACUUCAGACUCCUCCCCACCGACCACACUCUCCCUCAGCGGCUCCGCAUCCCUCCUCCCCUCCGCCUCCAUCCUCCUCUCACCAGCGCAGCCCACCAACUGGGGUGCUGCCUUCCUCCCCCAGCCCAUCCGCCUCUUCUCCUUCGCGCUCCUCUCCUCCUCCUCCUGCGGCCGCUCCCUCCCCUUCUCCCCUUCCUUCGCCUUCACCAUUGAUGCACCGUCUUCUUCUUCUGCUAAUGCAUUUGCCUCUCUCGCGUUCAUAGUCUCUGCGACCGGUGCCGUUGCCGGUGGCAGCAGCAGCAGCAGCAGCAGUGGGUCAUACCUGCCAGAGUCCGAGCGAAGCAUUGCAGUGGUGUUUGAUGCUGCGCCAGCAAGUGCCAGCAAGCCAAACGGCAUCGUCUCCAUCCAAGUCAAAACCUCCACUAGCAGCAGCGGCAGCAGCAGCAGUGGGUUCACCCCCAUAGCCACAACCACCGCCCCCACGCCUCUCAACGACGGUUCCCCAAAGUACGCCUGGAUUGACUACCGUCCCUCCUCUUCCUCCGCUGCCGCUGCUGCACCUGCCGCCGCCACCGCCGUCACUGCCACUGCUGCUGCAGCUACUGGCUCCCUGCGCGUCUUCCUCUCCUCCCGCCCCUCCCCGCGCCCGUCCAAGGCUGUGCUGUCAGCGCGCAUCUCCCUGUGCGCGCUGCUCAGCCCCACAGAGAGCGCCUCUGCUUUCUUCCUGGGCUUCGCUGCUGCCUCUGACAACCCCCCGCUCGAGCUCACGCUGCUGCAGUGGAGCAUUGCUGCAGGUCUCCAAAGCGUACCAGUCGACUCAGCCUUCCCACUGGGCCUGACCCUCUCAGGCGACUCCCUCUCCCCGCCCCACGUCAACCCCUUCUUCCGCUAUGCCAGCGCCGGCGUGCUGCCCCUGCGCCCCAAGGGGGACAUGCUGAGGAAGCUGUUUGGCAUCACGUGCAAGAGCGGCGUGCCGAUGGAUACUAGAAAGAAGGCCUUUCAGAUCAGCGGCUUUGAGCGCACGUCCUUCUACGGCUGGUUUGGGCUGCUGCUGGCCGUGCAGCGCCAGCCAGUGGUGGUGCACAUAGAGGCGUCCGCUGACUCAUUCAAGCAGUACGACGGGCUCCCCUCCCGCGCUUCUCUGUGUCCCUGUCUCUCGCUCUCUCUCUCUUCGUUUCUGUCCCUCCACAUCUCCGCAUCUGUCUGCCUCUGUGCCCCUGCUUCUCAUCCUCGCUCGCGCCAGCUGUCCAAGUACCAGGACCCAGCGUGCUUCACGUACAACCUGAACCACGUGGUGCUGCUGGUGGGGUACCGCCUGGUGGGGACAGAUGACACAGCCCCGCACAUGGCGCCGCCCUUCUGGAUCAUCCGCAACUCGUGGGGGGCGGACUGGGGCGAUGGGGGCCACAUGCGCAUGGACAUCCAGGGGGGGGAUGGCGUGUGCGGCAUCAACUCACUGCCAGGCCUCUACCCUGUUGUUAAGUCGCCACGCGACCCGUGCAACACGCAGGCGCGCAGGGGAGCGCUGGGGCCGGUGCUGAACCCGUGCGGCAACUUCACGUGCCGCGUGCAGGGCACCACCAACCGCUGCGACUGCACUGAUCCCCGCUUUGUUGAGGCGCUCAAUGCCGAUGGCUCACGCACCUGCGCCUAUGUGGACGUAUGCAGGGCAUCGUUCCGCAACCCAUGUGCGGUGGGCACGUGUGUGAAUGACGGGGCGGGGUCGUACUCGUGUGUGUGUCCACCGGGCUUCAGGCAGGGCACCACCAUCGAUGGCACCUUCUCCUGUGCUCCAGGUGACACCGACGGCACCUACACGGUUCUCUCCCUAGGCCUCACAUGUGCUGCCAUCCACCCCGUCUACGGCCUCACUCUACCGCAAUUCACCGCACAGAACCCG